CAUAAAAACAAGCCUAGAAAAUUCGAUGUGAUUUAACACUGAUUGAUUGUGUAUUGCAUGUUGCUAUAUAUACCCUUAUUGCCUCUUAGAACAAUCAUACAGCUCAGAGAAACAUGAAGACUUAUCUACUUCUCCUUCUCCUCUUCUCACUUCUCUUAUCAUUUUCCUCCGGCGAGCAAUGCGGUCGUCAAUCCAAACCCGCAGGAGCACUCUGCCCCAACGGUCUAUGUUGUAGCGAGGCUGGAUGGUGCGGCACCACCGAAGCUUACUGCGGGCAUGGUUGUCAAAGCCAGUGCAAUCCUGGUCCCUAUCCUCCUCCUCCAACCCCGCAGUGUGGUCGUCAAUCCAUACCCGCGGGAGCCCUCUGCCCCAACGGUCUAUGCUGUAGCGAGGCUGGAUGGUGCGGCACCACUGAAGCUUACUGCGGGCAUGGUUGCCAAAGCCAGUGCACUCCCACUCCCACUCCUCCUGCUCCCACUCCCACUCCUCCUACUCCCACUCCUCCUAGUCCUACCCCUCCUGGUCCCACUCCUCCUGGUCCCAGCGGGGAUCUUUCUGGCAUCAUUUCAAGAGAUCAGUUUUAUGAAAUGCUUAAUCACACGAACGACAAUGCUUGUUAUGCUAUUGGUUUCUUCACUUACGACGCCUUCAUCACCGCGGCUAAGUCUUUCCCUAGUUUUGGGAACACCGGAGACCUUGCCACGAGGAAGAAGGAGAUAGCAGCCUUCUUCGGCCAGACUUCCCACGAAACCACCGGUGGAUGGUCGGGUGCACCCGGCGGAGCAAAUACAUGGGGCUACUGUUACAAGGACGAAAUUGACAAAAGCGACCCCCACUGUGAUAGCAGCAACCUCGAGUGGCCAUGCGUACCUGGCCAAUUUUACUACGGAAGAGGACCGAUCAUGCUAUCUUGGAACUACAAUUACGGACCGUGCGGGAGAGACCUAGGACUCGACUUACUACACAACCCAGAUGUUGCGUCCAAGGACCCAGUGAUCUCUUUCAAAACCGCCAUUUGGUUCUGGAUGACUCCUCAGGCUCCUAAACCGUCUUGCCACGAUGUGAUCACCGACCAGUGGCAGCCGUCGGCUGCCGAUAUUUCAGCGGGGAGAUUACCAGGUUAUGGAGUGAUUACCAAUAUCAUUAACGGUGGAUUAGAGUGUGCUGGUCGCAAUGUUGCACAGGUCCAAGAUCGGAUAUCGUUUUAUACGAGGUACUGUGGCAUGUUUGGUGUUGAUCCUGGAAGUAAUAUUGACUGUGACAAUCAAAGGCCGUUUAAUGAAGGUAGUAACGUUUUCUUGGACGCUGCUAUCUAAUAAGGAGUGUAAAAAAUAAUAAUAAUAAUAAUAAUGAGUGUUAAUGCAGCUUUGUUGUAUCCAUGCAAUAAGAGAAUAUCAAACUAAAUAAAACUCCUUUUAUGAUACUC